AAAUUUUCGACAGAAUCUGAGAAAUACAGAGACAGAGACAGAGAUAGAAAGAGAGCUUUUGGUAUCGCGGAGAGAGAGAAUUUCUUCAGAUACCGCAAUGAAAGGAGGUUCGAGCGACGGCAUGGUGCCGGAACCAGUGCUCGAUUCGGCGAAGACGACGUUGCGCGACUUGGGGGCGUUGCGGGGCCAGUUCCUGGAGUUCCUCUCCCUCGCCGACCCCGAUGUCCUCGCCGAAUUGCCUCCUCUCCAACGCGCUCGUGCCCUGCUCGUGCUCGCCAAGGCGGCUUCGACCCUCUUGGCUGUGAGGUUGAGGUGUACUGGUGUCGACCCGGACGACCAUCCUAUCAAAUCUGAGCUUGAGAGGCUAAGCUUGUAUGAAGGCAAACUUGAGCGGCUUGUGGAUUUGAGUAAAGCUCCACUCCGGCCUUCUACUACCUUGAAUCACCAAGCAGCCACCCGCUUCAUCGAGCAUUCUUUGCCUGAUCUCACCCCAGACCAGAGGCAGAGCAUGAGGGAACUAAGUAGAGGAGGGGGGCCAACGCCUAAGAGCUAUGAGAGGAAGAGGAAGUAUCAGUCUUCCGGGUUCCAGUCUGUUCAAGCUACCACCAAGGAUUUUCUUGAGAAAGCUGCGCAGGAGCUUCUUGGUAGCAAUAGAGGUGGUUUUAAGGGACCUCUGAUUGACGAUUCAGACGAUGAAAAUGAGCAUGAAGAGGUCAUCAAGGGAUUGGUAGAGAUUUCAUCGGAUGAAGAUUAACUUUUCUUGGGCAGAUAUGGGCUCUAAACCCUUUGUUGCGCAGGCUCUUUUCUUGUAAAGUUGUUGUAGUUCAUUGCCCGUCAUCAGCAGAGUUCUUUGGUCA